UCGAGGAUGUUCAAACGUUGAGCCUAAGGAAGUUGGUGAUGUGUGUAUUAUGUGUACAGCUGUUCCGACUCUGACAAAAAGCCAGCCGCCGUUUGGUCGUUAAGUUAGCUUAAGGUUUAGAGCCUCCGUUUGUAGCUAAAGGUAGCUUGCUUCCUAACUUACGGGCGUUAAAAGUUGUCUCGCUUAGUUGAUCUCUCGCGGCAGCUGCCAUGCUGCUCGUUUUCCUCCUGUUCGCCGCCUUUCGGGUCUCCAUGCUGGAGUGAAAAUAGAUGGGGGGCAUUACACCAGAAGAUGGAGGAUUUAACCAGGGGUCCUCAUGGCUGCUGUGAAGGCGUGGAGUUACUACAGCGCCCGUGUCCUAGGAGGAUGGGGCCCGCUGCUUUGCAUCGCCCUCGGCUCACUCGUGGCGCUCCUGAUGCCCAUGGUUGGGGUGGAGGAUCAGUGCUGUGCCUCCCUGAGAGGCAUCGCUCUGCUCCGCUGCCAGCUGUGGGGAAGUCCACAGCAGCAUCCAGCUGUGCAGUCCACCAGUCUCACCGUCCCCUUCACUGCUCUUGAUCUGCUGCCUCAGAGGCCCAAGCCGACCAAAGAGAUGGAGCUGGAGGCCAAAGCUGCACUGCAGUUGGCUCAGGAGAUGAAGAAACUUGGGAAGAGGGAGAAGGCUCACAAGCUGCUGGUGCAUGCACUUAGCAUGAACCCAGACUUCGUGGAUGCCCUUACGGAGCUGGGGACCAUUUUAGAGGAGGAGAAGGAUGUCGUCCAGGCAGAUCACCUGUACACCAAGGCCCUGGCCAUCUCACCGUGCAACGAGAGAGCUCUGGUUAGCCGAGACCGGACCCUUCCCCUGGUGGAAGAGAUUGAUCAGCGUUACUUCAGCAUCAUCGACAGUAAAGUGCGCCAGCUUAUGUCCAUUCCUAAAGGGAACUCUGCAUUCCGCCGAGUGAUGGAGGAGACCUACUACCACCACAUCUACCACACCGUGGCCAUCGAAGGCAGCACGCUCACGCUGUCAGAGAUUCGUCAUAUCAUUGAGACGCGUUACGCCGUCCCCGGAAAGAGCCUGCAGGAGCAGAACGAGGCGAUCGGGGUGGAUGCAGCCAUGAAGUACAUCAACACGACGCUGUUGUCCAGAUCAGGAGCCAUCACCGUCAACGACAUCCUGGAGAUCCACCGGCGGGUGCUCGGCUACGUAGACCCCGUGGAGGGAGGGAGGCUGCGCACCAAUCAGGUGUUUGUGGGCCACCACAUCCCUCCUCACCCUCGGGACCUGCAGAGACACAUGCAGGAGCUCGUUCAGUGGCUCAACUCCGACGAGGCGCUGCAGCUUCACCCCGUGGAAUACGCUGCACUCGCCCACUAUAAACUGGUGUAUAUACACCCAUUUGUUGACGGCAACGGACGUACGUCACGGCUGCUCAUGAACCUCGUGCUCAUGCAAGCGAGAUACCCACCAAUUACUAUCCGCAAGGAACAACGGGCUGAAUACUACGCCGCUCUGGACACAGCCAACGAGGGUGAUGUGCGGCCCUUCAUCCGCUUUAUAGCCAAAUGUACAGAAAUAACUUUGGACACGUUGUUGAUUUCUACUACGGAGCACGCCGUAGGGCUGCCGGGAGCAGGCCAGGACCAGACCUGUUUCGACUGCAAGCAGACCAUCCCAUUCCACAAUUGACCAUAGGGUAGGGAUACAGGAGCAUGGCAACACUGGCAUGCAAACAUAGAUGUCAUUUCAUUUCAGAGCUCCAUCAUAAAAUGUGAAUUCCUUUGUCCACAUCAUACCCAUCAUUCCCCCCUCACAGUUUGGAUUCUGUGCUUGCUGAAUUCAUCAGCCUGCUUCAGGAAGGUGAACUGAAAUUUGCUUUUUGUCGUGUCAGGUUUGCUUUACCACACCCUAAUUUUCCUACACAAUGAAAAGUCGUGUUGUGGGAGAGUUUAGGUGUUUUAAUUCUCCAUCAUAUUACGAGGAAACAAGAUUUCUGUCGGACUUGAAUCUUCAAUUUCAACUGCGGAUGUGCACGGUGAACAUUUAGUUCUUUGACAUAAAGAUGUCUCCAGACACUGUAAUGCACUUUCCUGUCUUUUCUUAUUUAUUUUAAAAUAAAAGUGGUUUAUAAUGA